GGGGCGGCGUUCGCUAGCAUCCCUUUCCGGGUCCAGAUUAGGGGUCUGGAGCAGAGGGGAGCGCCGGAGCCGGGGUCCAGGCCGGGCUGGGCCGCUUGCUGCCUCGCGUGUGCAGCGGCGGCAGCAGGCGGUAGCCAGGCCCGCGGACGAAGCGGGCACGGCCCGGUGCGGGGCGCCGUCGGCCGGACUGCGGCCGGUAGUAAAUAGGCGCGAUGUUAUUCUCGCUGCGGGAGCUGGUACAAUGGCUGGGCUUCGCCACCUUUGAGAUCUUUGUGCACCUCCUGGCUCUGUUGGUGUUCUCCGUGCUUUUGGCACUGCGAGUGGACGGCUUGGCCCCGAGCCUCUCCUGGUGGAACGUAUUUGUGCCCUUUUUCGCCGCCGACGGGCUCAGCACCUACUUCACCACCAUCGUGUCGGUGCGCCUCUUCCAAGACGGGGAGAAGCGACUGGCUGUACUGCGCCUCUUCUGGGUUCUCACAGUCCUUAGCCUCAAGUUUGUCUUUGAGAUGCUCCUGUGCCAGAAGCUAGUGGAGCAAACUCGAGAGCUCUGGUUCGGCCUGAUCACGUCUCCGGUCUUCAUUCUCCUGCAGCUGCUCAUGAUCCGGGCUUGUCGCGUCAACUAGCCUCGUGCAGGGGCUGGAAAUGGAGCACCGCCCAGCUUGAGUGCUGGAUCUCCCAGUUCAGACCCUACUUGGCGCCACACUGGAGGAGCUUUGGUCAGAAAUCAGUGUCUGCUUGUGCCCAGCGUACUGUCCAGUUAUCUCUCUAUAUAAGAUUGUUUCCUCAGCUAAACUUAAAAGUGAAGCCUUGAUUAGUAAAAUUUAUUUCCUGUUAUUCAUGCUAUGCGUUGUCAGAUAAUACUGAACUUUUCUGACAUUUGGAAACUGUGUAUAAGUAAAAUAUCCCCAUAGACUCUGAGUAUUUCCCAUGGUGAUGUACCCCUUUCUGAAUCAGCUUGUUCACUCAGCAGCACUGACCACUGACCUCAACGCUUGCCCCUCCAUUGAUCUAGGCCAGACUUGUUAAACCAUCGAUCGAUAGUGUGGAGAGAGCUUGCGUCACUCUUCCCUGUCCAGGGGAAGAAUAGUCCUUUCUUCAUUUCAUCCCACACAGAGACAUCAGACUGUUGCAAAAAGGCAUGAAUAGGAUUAUCUGCAGUCUGAGAAAAAACUCUUGGUCUCAAGGCAUUGCUUUCCUGGCCCAACAGAUUGCAGUUUCAGGGCGAUCCCCACCACCUGGUGGCAGGCAUCAUUAGUACACCUGAGCUAGACAAACCUCUCUGAAGGACCAAAGACAGGAACAGGUUCUCCCGUGCUCUUGGCAAUGGGUACUUUACAUAAGAGCUUGUGAACAGCUUGAAUUUAUUGACCCAAGGUCUUUGAUUUUAUGUCAGUCGUGUGCCAAAUGAGACUGUUUGCUGAGAUGGGAAGAAUGUUUCUUGAAAUCAACAAUAUAUACCUAGACAUCUCAAUGUUUGAGUAGGUGAACGUGAAGAUGUUUCUUGCCAUGUGGACAGCGGCUCACAGGGCUGAGGUGGUUGGUGCCCCGGAACGUAUGGUAGAGCACAAUGGGUGUUAGACUAAAUAUUUUUGGAAAGUUCUUGUUUCUUAUUUUAGAAGAUGGGUAACUUGCACCACUACUGUCCCAGCUGAAAACAAGAGACUGUACUUCCUAGAGCGCCAUAACAGAGCCCUUGACUCCGUGUUAGUGUGCAUGCCACUGGUGAGCUCUGAUGACACCCUAUAAAGUUGAAAAAUGA